GUUUGCAGCAUUAACUCCCGCUUUGCCAAGGUGCACAUCCUGUAUGUCGGCUCCACGCCACUGAAGUCCACCUUCCGGGGGACCAUACGGAGAGAAGAUAUUCGAGCCACGGAGAAAGAUAAGGUAGAAGUGUACAAGAGUUUCCGCCCUGGUGACAUAGUCCUGGCCAAGGUUAUCUCGCUGGGGGACGCGCAGUCCAACUACCUGCUGAGCACGGCAGAGAACGAGCUGGGCGUGGUGGUGGCACGCGGCGAGGCAGGUGUGCAGAUGGUGCCCAUCAGCUGGUGCGAGAUGCAGUGCCCGCAGACACACACCAAGGACUUCCGUAAGGUGGCCCGCGUGCAGCCCCAGUUCCUGCAGACCUAG